GCCAGUAGACUCUUGUCUAAUAUCUGAAGAUUCGUGACUGACCAGGUUAUGGCCAAUCAAACUAUUAGAACUGGCUGGCCCUUUAUGGUUCGACGCCUACUUUUUAUUGCGCCUAGGGACUUUGUACAUACAUAUUGUACUGUAUUUGCAUUGUAUCGUACACUGCAGGAAACGCAGGAAACAGUGCAGCUGAGAGGGUCCAAAGAGAACCUUGGAUUUGGAAUGUUGGGGAAUGGUCAAGCUGGGAGGAGGAGAAGGAGCUUAAAGCGAUCCUCUUCGUCGAUUAUUCUUCUGGUUUUCACAUUACCAUUGCCACCUGGUUUGUUUUUCUUUCGCAUUGGAUCUUUUCCAAUCAAUGGCAGUAGAUGUUUUCAGCGCCAACACCACGACAUCGUGUGCCUCCUCAACAAUACGUCCGUUGCUUUGUACACCGCAAAUUUUCACCCGAGAUCAGCUGGACUUAAGAUUACUGCCAUGAUCUCCACAUGGGAUGGGACCCUGAUGCAUGAUGCGUUCCGGCAUGUGCAGAAGCCUCCCAACGUUGACAAGCUCACCUCGCCUCUCGCUACCCGACGUCGCUGUGUCUUGGUUGACCGUGGAUCAACGAACCCUUGCGAACCAAGUACAGACGUCGUUCUCGAACUCCCUUCAUACCCAGGCAGGUAGGUAGAUAUGCGUACGUAUGUACGUGUGUAUGUAUGUAUGUAUGUGCAUACAUUUAGCAUACAUACAUAUCUACAUGCGUACAUACACACGCGCGUAGUAGGUCUAAGGUAAUGAUUUAAAGGAUAGAGCGGGCUUACUACUUACCAGGAGUAAUAAGUAGUAGUUCAAUAAUAUGAAGUGGAAUUAUACAUCGUAAGCCGACUUAUGCGCAAGCCCUUACUCGCACAACAUCCGCUCUGCGUGCU